AUGCCAUCAACUACAUCCACCACACCAGCGACAUCAUCUUCUCACCUCCCUCUGGACGGCUUCUCACGUGUCCGUCACCUUUUCAACCCGUGGGAGGAGCCUCAUCCAGGCAAACGACUACCUCUCGCGGCGUCAGAGGCCGGCAGUGAAAUUAAGAAGGUUGCUUUUGCUGGUCCACAACACAUCAAUAACGGUGGAUGCAAAGGUGGCAUGGCCGCAAAGGAAUUUAGCGCUUACCACAACCCACGGCCCUGGAUGGUACGACGCCCUAUUCGAGUUCGGUCGCGAACCAACACUCCCGCUCCCUUGAGGAUCACCACGGAGAUAUCCGAAGACGCCAAGUUGAAGCCCAUUUCUGUUCAAAACAUGGGAAUCACUCCUCCUGCCGUGCCAGAAGAUUCUGGCGAACCGACAGACAGAGAUGUUUGCGACGAGCUCACUACCAAGGAAGUCGAUGCAAGCCAGCUGCCUCUACCCGUAUCUCCGCCAAUCGAUUGUCGGUUCACGGACUUUUCGAACCUGCUGGGCAUCAACGUUCAUCCUCCACCAGAGGAUGAGGCCGUUGCAAUGGCUAACGACGAGCCUGCAUCGUAUUGCCAUGCCGCACCCGAUGAGGAUCUCUAUGGGUGGGAUGCUGAGCUUGAGCGGCAAAGCCAGCAAAGCAGCCCGAUUUUACCGUGCUCUUGCGACGAUGAUUACCAAUACCGACGGACGAGCAUGACGAAGCGUAGCCUCUUGCACCGAGUCUUCAGCAUGGCAGGUUCACCCAAAGAUAUCAACAUUGAGGUGUGCAGAGCUAGCAGCACCUCCAGCUAG